UCGGAAGCGAUGGCGGCGGCGGCCAUGUCCUCCGCCGUCUCGUCCCCGUCGUCGUGCGACGCGCUCUGCUCCUGUGAGGAGAAGGACGGCGUGCUCUACCUCAACUGCGAGCAGAGGAACAUCAGCAAGAUCUCCCAGAUCAAGGUCCCGCCCGACGUGCCGUUCCACCUCAACCUCUACAAGAACGACCUGGUGGAGCUCCACGCCGAGGAGAUGACGGGGCUGAAGGGCGCCCUGUCGCUGCACCUGGGCGCCAACAGCAUCCAGGAGCUGGAGCCGGGCGUGUUCGGCGCGCUCGGCGCCCUCAAGAAGCUCCACGUCAACAGCAACUUCCUGGUGACUCUGAAGGAGGACACCUUCCAGGGACUGGUGAACCUGGAGUACCUGCAGGCCGACACCAACUUCAUCCGGGUGGUGGAACCGGGCGCCUUCAACAAGCUGAUCCGCCUGAAGGUGCUCAUCCUCAACGACAACUCGGUGGAGUUCCUGCCCACCAACAUCUUCCGCUUCGUGCCCCUCACCCACCUGGACCUGCGGGGCAACAAGCUCCAGACGCUGCCCUACGUGGGCUUUCUGGAGCACAUCGGCCGCAUCAUGGAGCUGAUGCUGGAGGACAACGACUGGGUGUGCGACUGCGACGUGCUGCCGCUGAAGAUCUGGAUGGAGAACAUGCGGGCGCAGUCGGUCAUAGGGGAGGUACUCUGCGGCAGCCCCGACUACCUCCGUGGCAUCACCCUGGCCAAGGUGAAGCGCGACGUGCUCUGCCCGUCCCACGCGGACAUCAACCUUGAGGAGCCGUCCAAGUCGUUGGAUAUCGUGGUCACCCCCUCGUCCAAGGCGGAUCAGAUUCCCAAGGUGAUUGACGGCCGGGAUCCCACGUCGUCUCACCUUCCCGAGAGCCCGUGUGUGGAGCAGUGUUCCUGCCACAAUCACCCCGUGGCGGGGUUCCUGAUGCACUGUCAGGACAGGGGGAUUCAAAGGGUGUCGGAUAUCGGCAUUUUGCAGCAGAGCCCCACCAAGCUUGUAAUGACGGGAAACAUGAUUCAGAAGCUGCUGAAGUAUGACUUUGUCACGUACGAUAGCCUGGAGCUGCUCAACCUGGCCAACAACAGGAUUGAUUCCAUCGACAACGAGACCUUUCUCAGCCUGAGUGGGCUGAAGAAACUCUACCUUAACGGCAACCGCAUCGAGAAACUGUUUUCCACCAUGUUCGUGGGCCUCCACAACCUGGAGUUCCUGUAUCUGGAGUACAACCUGAUCAAGGAGAUCGCUCCGGGCACGUUCAAUCCCCUGCCGAAUCUGCGUCUGCUGUCGCUGAACAACAACCUUCUCAGCGCGCUGCCACCGCAGAUCUUCCGUAACGUGCCGCUGACCAAGUUAAACCUGAGGAAGAAUCUACUUAUGCAUCUGCCGGUGAGCAACGUGCUGGAUCAGCUCGAGUCACUGGAGCAGAUCUACUUAGAGGAACCCUGGGACUGCAGCUGCGACCUGCUCAGCCUCAAACCGUGGGUGGAGAAGCUACGCAAGGACACGGUGGUGGGCUCCAUCUUGUGUCACACGCCCAAGAAAAUGUCACACGCCGAGCUCCGCGAGCUCCGCCACGAGCUGCUCUGCCCCGGGCUGGAGGCCUUCAACGCCUCGCCGCCCGGGGGCCAGGAGAGCGCCACGGCGUCGCUCUGGCCCGCCGCGGGGCACAACGCCGGCGAGGGCGCCCGCGGCCUGCUGGAGUCGCUGACGGACACCGUCCCACUGUCGGUGCUCAUCCUCAGCCUGUUGGUCGUCUUCCUCACCAUCAUCUUCUGCGCGGCGGGGCUGGUGGUGUUCGUGGUGCACCGGCGGAGGCGGCGGCGGGCCAGGAAGAAGGCGGCGGCGUCGGGGUCCGACGAGCCUUCCCGCGGCGGGGAGAACAACAACAGCGGCAGCAGCCCCAUCCACCUGCACUACAGCAUGUACGGCCAGAAGACCACGCACCACACGCUCACGCAGCGCACCGGCUCGUCCUCGCUGUACGAGGAGCGAGCGCACAGCCCCGUCGUGCAGAUCUGCCGCAACCCCACCUACUGCGCCCAGCACAAGGAGCACGAGGUGGACGGCGGCGGUGACUACGGCCUGGACGACCUCGGCGGCAAGCAGCAGCCCCGCCACGUGUGUCGGGGCAUCAUGGAGCGGGAGGAACACCUCCCGGGGCCCAAGUUCUGGCCGCCGACGCCCGGGGAGUGCCCGGCAGAGUUCAUGACCCUGGGGAACCCAAACUCCCUGUACCGGAACCUCCUGGAGAGGGAGAAGGAGCUGCAGCAGCUGGGCAUCACCGAGUACCUGCGGAAGAACAUGGCCCAGCUGCAGCAAGGCGGCGUGGAGAUGGGGCAGCAGGGGGCCGCCGCGCACCAGGAGGAGCUGAAGCUCAUGGAGGCCCUGAUGUACUCGCGUCCGCGCAAGGUCAUGCUGGAGCAGACCCAGAACGAGUACUUUGAGCUCAAGGCGAACUUGCACACGGAGCCGGAUUACUUGGAAGUUCUGGAGCAUCAAACCACGUUCAACUGACUUUAGGGGGACGGGACAAUAGACGAUGAGACGAAUUGAACAGCAACACAAAAAAGACGUAUAUAUAUAUCUAUAGAUCUAUAGAUGUGUAUAUUCUAUAACAAAACAAGUGCCUUGUCUAUUUUGUCCUCUAGUACUUUUUAGAAUAGUAGAACCUAUCUAUCACCCUAUCCACAUCUUGUAGCAGUUUUAAUCGUAGCACAGAAUGUAUUUGAUUCAUCGUCACGCUACCAAAUUAUUUGGGGGUUAUUAUGUUAAUUGUUUUAAUUUAUCUUCCGCUGACUGCGGUGAUAUGUAGCCCGUGACAGGUAUAGCAUUUGGACAACGUUUUUCUCCGCUCAAUUGCCUUUAGCGACUGAUAAACUGUCAUACUGCAGCAAAAAAUGGAAAUAUGUUUCUGAAAGUGCUGCUGCUUUUUUUGCCCAGGUUAAUACUCUCAAAAUUGGCAAAUUAAUUAAAACUGGCGAUUGGCUGAAAACUACACAGCAAUCGUUUUCUUUUCAUACCAUAUGAUAAUAUUGUUAUCAACGCAAACAAAUGGGUUUAAGGCAAUGUGUGUAUUGCAAGAUAUAACAUGGACAAAACAGGACAACAGUGAUAUUCCUCUGUGAAUACUAUUUUGUCAGCAACAGACAAUUCUUAUCCAUUUAAAAUCUUGGGGUAUUUCAUUUGUUUUAUUUCAUACCUGGUGGUAUUCAUCAAAACUAUUGGUAUUCACUUUUUGUUUUCCUUCCAUUUAGUUUAUUUUGUAAAUGAGCACUUAAAAAUGUAUUACAAAUUUACUGUAAUCUUGUCAAAUAUGCAUUGCACUUAUCAGAUGCCAUACGGUAAUGCAUGACAAUCAAACACAACGUCCUGCUGCCACAUACCCACAACCACGUGUUUGCUGUGAUAUUUUAGACAUGUGUGUGACUGUGUGCGUGUGUAUGUGUGUGGGCACGUGCGCGUGCAAGACUGUGUGUGUGGGCACAUGCAUCCGCGCCUGUAUGCGUGCAUGGCGUGCAUUUGAAUACGUGUUCAUACGAAUGUGUUUGUAUACGAAAGCACGCGCGUGCGCGAGAGUGUGUGUGUGUGUGUGUGGAUGCUAGCGUGUGCGCGUAUGCAUGCGUGUGAGCGCCGCCGUGCAUGUGCUUCUUGACACGCUUGCCUCGCACAUUUCAGUUGACACCUCCGUCUCUCUCUUCUAUUUUUUUUCCUAUUGAAGCCGUUUGGAAUCAAACGUCCGACAGCAAUCUACAUCAAUCACUCUCUCAUCGGGCAGAUUUUCUGCCUGCCUGAAUCGGGCUGGUUGGAUGGACGGGUGUGUGUGUGUGUGUGUGCGUGCUCGCGUGCGUGUGUGUGUG